AGUCUGGAUUAGCUAAAUGGCCCAAUGCAGGGUAACAAACGCGUCGGAAUGCCCAAAGGCCCACUGGAACGCAAAUAACGCCGCCCUAUUAUUGUUACCUAGAAGGCGAGAUUCAAGUGGUCGCCUCCAACCCCAAUUUCGGAUUUCAAAAGCGGCAAGAACUCCACACGAUUUCCGCGAAUCACUCUGUCAUCUGCUCGACGAAAUGCACCCUACAACCACCCACCGCUCGGAGCCCCGCUCCCGACGCCGAGGUGCCGCCACGGUCGACCGCCUCAGCGCCCUCCCGGACGCGCUACUGCACCACAUCAUGUCGUCCCUCAAGGCGUGGGAGGUGGUGCGCACCUGCGUGCUCGCGCGCCGGUGGCGCCACCUGUGGGCAUCCGCGCCAUGCGUCGACCUCCGCGUGCGCUACUCCGGCCGUGACGACGAUCCGCCCGAGGAGUUCCGCGACUUCGUCCACCAUCUCUUCCUCCUCCGCGACGUGUCGGCGGCGGUGGACACGCUCCUCCUCCGGUCGAGCGACGAGGAUGCGGGAUACGACGAGAAAGAUUCCGACAUGUGGAUCAGGACUGCUAUCAACCGCAGAGCGCGGGUUGUUCAUCUUGCUGGGCAUCGCAAGGACAUCGCGCUGCUGGACCGUGUGCCCUUCGUCUCUGGCCACCUCAAGGUCCUGAAGUUAUCGCAUGCCAGGCUCGACGGGAGGAUCCUCCAGCAGCUUUCUUCUUGCUGCACAUCUUUGGAAGAACUGGAUCUCAAGGACUGCCUGUUCACGAGCCAUGAGAUUGUGUCUGCCUCCUUGAAGACUUUAAUCAUGGUCAAAUGCACCUUCAAUUUGGACUUCUCCGUCACCGCUCCAAACCUCGUACUGCUGCGCCUUGUCACUCCUUCCGUCCGCGUUCCGUCAUUUAAGAACUUUGGGUCACUGGUCACAGGCACUAUCAUACUUGAUGACUCUUUCUUGAGUGAUGAUUUUGAGCAGAUCAGUGAUAAAGAUGAUUGCGAUGAAACUACUGAUGACGAUGGCGAUGACUCUGAUAAUGACAUGAGUGAUGAUGAUUUUGGGAACAGCAGUUGUGAUGAUGUUGAAGAAAGCACUGAUGGGGAAGAUGGCUAUGAUAAGUCUAAGAAUUAUAAGGUCGGAUAUGAACACAGUUUCCCUAAAAAGGCAUACCGGCAUGGUGGUUCCAAGGACAAUUAUGGUUAUGGCAGUGAUAUCGAUAGUGAUGACAACACGUAUGAAUACAGUGAGAUUGCAAAUGAUGCGAAGUAUGGCUACAAAGGUAUAGGCCAGAUUCCAAGAAAAGGCAAUAAUUAUGGUGAAAACGGUGGUGGCAGUGAUAGUAAGAUUCUAGGUGGUUGUCAUAUUCUUGAAAGCCUUUCAACUGCUACAAGUUUGGAAUUCUUAUCAGAUGCUGGAGAGGUUGUUCUGAGUAGAGAGUUGGAAAGGUGCCCAACUUUUAGCAACCUGAAGACCCUGUCCCUUGGUGAAUGGUGCAUGGCUGCUGAUUUCGAUGCAUUAAUUUUCUUGCUGCAGCAUUCACCUAAUAUAGAGAGGCUUUUCCUCCAACUUAAACUGAACUUCAACACUAGGAAGGUAUUGAAAACCGGUAUAAAACCAUUGGGAAGAUCGUUUACUUGCAAACACCUUCGAAUGGUGAAGAUCAAAUGCUCAAAGGAUGAUGCUAGAGUCCAUACGUUGGCACAUCUGUUCAGGGCAAAUGGUGUACCCCUUGAGAAGAUUUAUGUCCGCCGGAGUGGGAAUGCUUAUCUCCGUGGCCAGAAGUUUAUGAGGGAUCUCGCCAAGCAAGAACUCAUUGACUAUGGGUCAGACAACUGGAUGUAACAUUCCUUAUGCAGUUAGCAAGUUAGCAAGGCCUAGUAACAAACCAUGAUCUCCACGAAGCAAGACGGUGCUUUCAAAGCUUCGACGAAUCUUUUGAAGCCCUUAUUUAGUAACAUGGAUGAUUGUACUGUGUGUGGCUAUCAAAUUGUUUUUAUGUUCUUCCAAGAAUCUUAGUGGGAUGAGUUGAGACUAUUAGCUAGCAGUACGUGUGGUAUGUAGUAACUUUGCUUUCGUCCUGGAAGAUACAUGGAUACUCCUCGCUUGAA